UUUUGGGAAAACAACAGAAGUGUCCUCGUUUCUCUCGGGAGAGAGAGACAGAGCCUCUGGGGAAAAAGAGGUUUGACCUUCCUUCCACCUUCUUCAGCUGUCUCUCUCCCAUGCCAAUAUUCUUCUUCUCACCCAUUUCCCCUCCCAUUCCCUUAAAUCCUCCUCUCAAAUUCCUCAUCUACUUGUGGGCAUUUCGCUCGUUUACAUAUUCAUCGAUACCUUUCUCUCCCUGGAAUCCCUCGCCCUUUUCUCAGUUAUUUAUUGGAAACCCAAAACUUUUCCGAGGGAAAAAUUUGAUCAAUUCCGUCAUCGAAAGAUCAUAAUCUUGAUUUUAUUUGCUUUAUAUUCCCAGACCCGAUUCAACUAAACAUUGCAAAAGAAGGAAACCCUCUGAAAUCUAGCUCUUAAUCCAUGGGCAAUUGUUGCGCGACGCCACCAGUCACUGACGAUAUCAAGGAGAAGAAGAACAAGCCAAACCCGUUCGCGACCGAUCAAGGCGGGAGCCUCAAGCUCUCGGUAUUGAAGGAACCAACCGGCCGCGAGAUCGAACUCCAGUACGAGCUGGGCCGCGAGCUGGGCCGCGGAGAGUUCGGAAUCACCAAACUAUGCACCGACAGGGCCACCGGCGAGACCUUCGCUUGCAAAACGAUAUCUAAGAAUAAGCUGAGGACGGCGGUGGAUAUCGACGACGUGAGGAGAGAGGUUGAGAUCAUGAAGCAGUUGCCUGGGCACCCCAACAUCGUCAGCUUGAAGGACACCUAUGAGGACGACAGGGCGGUGCAUAUUGUGAUGGAGCUUUGUGAGGGCGGCGAGCUCUUCGAUCGGAUCGUCGCGAGAGGCCAUUACACGGAGCGCGCGGCGGCUGCGGUUACCAAGACUGUUGUGGAAGUUGUUCAGAUGUGCCACAAGCAUGGUGUGAUGCAUAGGGAUCUCAAACCCGAGAACUUUUUGUUUGCUAACAUGAAGGAGACAGCACCUUUGAAGGCAAUUGAUUUUGGGCUCUCAGUAUUCUUUAAGCCGGGCGAGAGAUUCACUGAGAUAGUUGGAAGUCCUUACUACAUGGCUCCAGAGGUGCUAAAACGGAAUUAUGGUCCAGAAAUAGAUGUUUGGAGUGCUGGAGUAAUCCUUUACAUCCUGCUUUGUGGUUUCCCUCCGUUUUGGGCAGAAACUGAACAAGGAGUAGCUCAGGCAAUUAUUAAGUCUGUUGUGGAUUUUAAAAAGGAUCCUUGGCCUAAAGUUUCUGAUAAUGCAAAAGACCUUGUGAAGAAGAUGCUUAAUCCUGACCCAAAGAGGCGGCUCACUGCUCAGGAAGUUCUAGAUCAUCCUUGGUUACAGAAUGCAAAGAAAGCUCCUAAUGUUUCUUUGGGUGAAACUGUGAGGGCAAGGCUCAAGCAAUUUUCUCUAAUGAAUAAGCUCAAGAAAAGAGCUCUUAGGGUAAUCGCUGAGCGUUUGUCAGUAGAUGAAGUUGCUGGCAUAAAGGAAGGAUUCAAGAUGAUGGAUACUAGCAAUAAUGGCAAGAUUAAUGUAGAUGAGCUAAGAGUGGGAUUGCACAAACUUGGUCAUCAGAUACCUGAUACAGAUAUUCAAAUUCUAAUGGAAGCUGGUGAUGUAGAUAAGGAUGGAUAUCUAGACUACGGAGAAUUCGUAGCUAUCUCUGUUCACUUAAGAAAGAUAGGGAACGAUGAUGAGCACCUUCACAAAGCCUUUGAAUUGUUUGAUCAAAACCAAAGUGGGUAUAUAGAAAUUGAGGAGCUACGAGAUUCAUUAGCUGAUGAAGUUCAUGAGACAAACAGUGAAGAAGUUAUUAAUGCCAUUAUGCAUGAUGUGGACACAGACAAGGAUGGACGUAUAAGUUACGAGGAGUUUGCGGCAAUGAUGAAGGCAGGCACAGAUUGGAGGAAAGCAUCAAGGCAGUAUUCACGAGAGCGGUUCAACAAUCUUAGUUUGAAAUUGAUGAAGGAUGGGUCAUUACAGUCAGACAGUGGGAAUAGAUGACCCAACAAAUGACAAGAUUACCCUUUUGAGAAGAUGCACGUCAAAAGAACAGAAAUAUAUUUUUCUUUCUUUUUUUGUUUUUAUACAUUUUCUAUUUUUUCCGGGGGUUGUUGUUAAGGAGUUCAGUUGGACAUGGACUUAGGUUGUCGAUCCCUUGAUGGAUCAGAAUAUAUUUAUCGCUUUUGUUUUGGUGGGGGGGUUUAUGGAGGGAAGUAUAAGAGUGGGUGAAGGAUGGAGUUGUAAUUUGUGGCUGUAAAUAUGUUAAAUGUUAAUUGAGAUAUAAACUGAAA